CUGCUCCGUCCGCGCGGGGUCGCGCUGCCGCUGCUGCGGCGCUGCCCACUGCUGCCCAGCGCGGCUCGCUGCUACCCAGACGCCUCCGCGCCAUGCCCUUCGUGGAGCUGGACACAAGCCUGGCCGCCGCCCGGCUGCCCCCCGACCUGGCCUCCCGCCUCUGCGCCGCCGCCGCCGCCAUCCUGGCCAAGCCAGAGGACGUGAGCCGGGGCCCCCGAGCAGGACCGGACAACACGGGGCAGGCCCCGGGGGCGGGGGGGCCGGAAUCAGUCAUCAUCACGUUGCGGGUAAAUGUGACGGUGCGGCCUGGCCUGGGCAUGGUCCUGAGCGGCUCCGCCGAGCCCUGCGCCCAGCUGCUGGUGUCCUCCAUCGGUGUGGUGGGCACCGCCGAGCAGAACCGCGGACACAGCGCCAAGUUCUUUGACUUCCUCACCAAGGAGCUGGGGCUGAGCCCCGACCGGAUCAAUAUCCGCUUUUACCCGCUGGAACCCUGGCAGAUUGGCAAGAAAGGCACAGUCAUGACGUUCUUAUGACGCGGAGAAGCCUGGGCGGGUGAUUCCUGAGAAAACGCGGCCACAGCCAGAGAAUGGGCAGCCCGCGGCUGAUUCUGGCUCCGCCUCUGGGCCCCGGGUCAGAACAUGUACCCCACUUGAACUCUGGGCCCCCUCCCCCGACCUCGGCACCUGUGGAGCAGCGGUGUGAACCUUCCAGAAAGCUCUCUUCCCGUUCCUCCCUCUUCCUGCCAAAUAAACUCAACUAGCACAAGCUGA